GUGACGACACCACAGGCCUCGCGCGAGUGUGUAAAACUUGGAUCCUUUGCCUACAAGUUAUUUCCUUAUAUUUUGUAUUUUCUAUAGGGUUUUCCAUCUCUAUUCCUUUGAGGGGUUUUCCAAUUUCAAGCUUUUGUUUGUUCUUUUUUGAUGUUUGUGUCGGCUUCUUGAUUAUCUGCUUCCCCCCAACCAUAGCAGGCUGGGGGCUCUCUACCCUCCAAUGUCUCUCUUCCCAUCCCCCGCCGUUGAUCAAUUCUCCAACGGCUACGACCAUCGCCUUUCCUCCAAGCGCAAGUUCGACGAUUAUGCCCUUGCUUUCGACGGCGACCAAGACUUCGAGGCUCCCUUAGUCCCUGUUAGAAUGCGAAAAGACGACCACCAUCACCCGAUCGCAGCCGUGUCCAAAGCCCCACCUUUCGCCUUCCCUCCUUCCCACAUCGAUUGCCGCCCUUCCUCUUCUGAUGCUUCGUCGUCUUCCGCCUCUUGUUCCUCCACACGCCUCCAAUUCUUUGUCCGGAUGUUCUCGGGGGGCAAGACCAUGGUAGUCACGGCUAAUUCGGAGGACACCGUGAAAUCCCUACACGAACGGAUUCAUGUGAUGACAGGAAUUCCAGUAUUCGAACAACGGUUAAUUUAUCAUGGGAAGCAGCUACAGUGGGAACAAUCCCUAGCAGACUGCCACAUCGAAAACGAUGCCGGUCUCCAACUCGUCGGCCGUAUGCGGUCCACUGACCACCCGCAAACCUGGCAAGUCAUGGACGACUUGGUCUCCCUUAUUUCCUCCCUUUGCCGAGGAGAAACGGUCCAUUCCCCAACCCAAAGCAUCAAAGGUUGCUUGGACAAAUUCUUCACAAUUGCUCACAAGGACAACGGCAAGGUUGCUUCUGCUGACUUGCAGAUAUUUAUGGUAUCUUCGGCUCCUGCCGCUUUGGUAAUGCUUUAUAUUUCUCCUAUUGACGGUAAUAAGCAGUGUGCUAAUAGUUCAAUAAGAGAUUUCUUAACAUCAUGUAGGAUGGACUUACCAAAAGAGCUGCAUUCUUAUUGUGCACCAAUAGCAUUAGAGUUUUGCAAGUUACUACGGAAGGUUGUUAAUGAGGAUAGUUUGUAUGCUUGGUGUCGGAGUACACUGAGCGUGUUGCUUGAAAGUGUUAGCAGUUCUAUGGGUUUAAUGCGGACGAAGGUUAAAGGCUUUACUGUGCAGGAGAUUUUCCCCUUUUUUAAUGAGUUGGUUAGUCAUUUAUCUGAGGAGUUGGAUUCUAGUUUGUAUUCAACCACUAGUGAGGGACCGUCAUCGAGUCAUUUCCGGGAAUUCGUAGCUUUCUUGAACCCUUUGAGGUCUGCCAUUAUUGAGCAGGUGGAAUCCCGAAUUCCGAUAUCAAUUGAUUACCAUCCUCUCUAUAGGGAUGAGAUUAGGAAUCUUCAUCUCAUAUUUGAUAAAUUGUUGCAUAAAAUGAAAAAUUGCCUUAUCAGAGUGGAGGAAAUCCUUGUGGCAAGAGGAAGCAAUGGCGAUGAAUUUGUUCAUUCAGGGUGGUCCCAGUAUCUUUCCAUUUUGAAGGAACUAAAUGGUAUCUCAAAACUUUAUCAAGGUGCUGAAGAAAAGUUUUGGAUGGUUUUGAGGAAUAUGAAGGCUUCUUUGUGUGCCUUAAUAAUUAGAUUCUCCAGGCGAGAUGAUGAUAAUCAAUGGCUACUUGAGCACAAGGAUGUCACUGAUUUUGAAUCCAGGAGGCAUUUGGUCAUGAUGAUGUUUCCUGAGGUAAAAGAUGACUAUGAGGAAUUGCAUGAGAUGCUGAUUGACAGGUCUCAGUUAUUGGCAGAAUCAUUUGAAUACAUUGCUCGUGUGGACCCUGAAUCACUUCAUGCUGGUCUAUUCAUGGAAUUCAAAAAUGAAGAAGCCACUGGCCCUGGUGUACUGAGGGAGUGGUUUUUAUUGGUAUGCCAAGCUAUAUUCAAUCCGGAGAAUGCCCUUUUCUUGCCUUGUGCUUAUGAUCGUAGAAGAUUUUUUCCUAAUCCUGCAUCUAGGAUGGAUCCUUUGCACCUCGAGUAUUUCAGUUUUGCUGGACGCGUGAUUGCAUUGGCAUUGAUGCAUAAAGUGCAAGUGGGUAUUGUCUUUGAUCGUGUAUUUUUCUUACAACUGGCUGGCAUGGAUAUAUCUUUGGAAGAUAUACGAGAGGCAGAUCCAUGCUUGUAUAGCAGUUGCAAGAAGAUUCUGGAGAUGGAUGCUGAGUUUAUUGAUUCAGAUGCUUUAGGACUGACAUUUGUUAGAGAAGUUGAGGAGUUAGGAUCCAGGACAGUUGUGGAACUAUGCGCUGGUGGGAAAAGCAUUGUAGUAAAUAGCAGGAAUAGACAGGAAUAUGUUAAUCUUCUUAUUCGUGAUCGCUUUUCAACAUCUACUUCUGAACAGGUAGACUAUUUUUCCCAAGGUUUCGGCCAUAUUCUUUCUAACUCAAGGCUCCAGAAGAUCUUUUUCCAAAGUUUAGAGCUUGAGGACCUUGAUCGGAUGUUGUAUGGAAGCGAAAGUCCCAUUUGUGUUGAUGAUUGGAAGGCACAUACUGAGUACAAUGGCUACAAAGAAAGUGAUCCUCAAAUAACCUGGUUCUGGGAGUUGAAAAAAAAAUUGCAGAUUGUUAGAGAAAUGUCAGCAGAUCAAAGGAAGCAACUUCUUUUCUUCUGGACCUCAGUGAAGUAUCUACCUGUUGAAGGUUUCCGGUGUUUAGCCUCCCGGCUUUAUAUUUAUAAGACGUCGGAGCCAUGUGAUUAUCUUCCUUCCUCUCAUACCUGCUUUUACCGGAUAUGUUUCCCACCAUAUCCCUCCAUGGGUGAAAUGCGAAAACGUCUUAAUGUUAUUACUCAAGAACAUAUUAGGUGCAGCUUUGGCACCUGGUAAAAACACUUAAGUUAUAUUUUGCAUUUUGGUGGGGGCUAAAAAUCGGGUUUUAACUGCACAGAUAAAUUUGUACAGGAUAUAGGAUAAAAUAUUAUGCUAUAUAAGAAGACGGUGUAGUUUAAUUGUCUUUUUCCCUUCAAGAAAUGUAGUUAUCUUCUUCUUCUGGACUCAA